GAGAAUCAGAGGACGGUUCACUCCUCACGCCGGCCCACCACCAACAAAUAGGUGCCUGAGUUUUACCCCACAGUUGCCUUAUCAACGUAUUUUUUCUCCAACAAAUCUCCAAAACAACCACGAGAUCUUCGUACGUCGUGAGCAAUCGACUUCUUCUCUCUAUCAUUGACAUCAUCACAUCAAAUUCUAGCUACUUGCUACAUCAACCACUACGGUAGACCUAAUAAUGAAUCCCGCCGCAGCAAAGCUAAUCGACAGACGGCUCCAUACUGUCCCCGGCAAACUUCGAGUAGCCGAGUUGUUUUUUGAUGUUCCCCUAAAUUACAGUAAGCCUAGUGAAGGGACAAUUCGACUCUUUGCUCGAAGUGUCCGCCGUCCUUCAACGUUUCCCGAUACAGAGCAAAACGAGAAACCACUUCCGUGGCUCGUGUAUUUGCAAGGUGGUCCCGGGUUUGGAUGUCGUCCACCACAGGAAGUGGGAUUCGUUCCCUUCAUUCUUGACAAGGGUUACCAGAUUCUGUUACUCGACCAACGUGGGACUGGGCUUAGCUCCACUAUCACCUCGCAAACUCUUGCCCGCCAAGGUAACGCAGUCAAACAAGCCGAAUAUCUGAAAAAUUUCCGCGCAGACAAUAUUGUGCGCGAUUGUGAAGCUAUCCGUAAAUGCUUGACCGCUACUUACCCCGAAGAAUACCAGAAAUGGAGCGUUCUAGGGCAGAGCUUUGGUGGGUUCUGCGCAACCACCUAUCUUUCAAAUUUUCCCGAAGGCCUCCGGGAAGUGUUCUUGACUGGCGGAUUGCCGCCGCUGGUGAACGGCCCUGAUGAGGUUUAUAAGAAGACAUAUGAGAAAGUUGUAGAACGGAAUCAAGCAUACUACCAAAAAUAUCCAGAAGAUGCGGAGCGUGUCAAAAGAAUCGUUCAAUACUUGCAGGAGAAUAAACCUCGUCUCGGAGCAGGAGUACUCACACCAGAGAGAUUUCAACAAAUUGGAAUUACCUUUGGAGUGCAUGGGGGUUUGGAUAGCAUUCAUGAUGUUGUUCUACGAAUGACACUUGACCUCGAUUCUUUUGGUUUUCUGACUCGCCCAAUACUCUCACUUGUUGAGAGUUAUGGAGAAUAUGAUAACGCAGUCAUUUAUGCUAUCCUGCAUGAGCCCAUCUAUUGCCAGGGAGAAGCUUCUCGCUGGUCAGCGGAUAGACUGCGUGCUCAGAAUUCCCGGUUCCGAGUCCAGGGUAACACUGAGACGGAAAUAUACUUCACUGGAGAAAUGAUCUACAAAGAUAUGUUUGAAUCCUACGACGAACUAUGUGAUCUUAAAGAAGUUGCAGAUAUUCUUGCAUCCACAGAUGACUGGCCAGCGAUAUAUGACGAAGCUCAACUGGCCAAAAACGAGGUUCCAGUGUACGCAGCUACUUUUGUGGACGACAUGUACGUCGCCUACGAAUUCGCUACUGAGACAGCCAAGAAAAUCAAGGGAGCUAAGCAAGUUAUCACGAAUACCAUGUAUCACAGCGCGUUGCGUGACCGAGGUGAUGAAGUUAUGCAUCAACUGUUCUUUUUGAAGGAGGAUACCAUUGAUUAGAAACAUGGUGAUGUCAUGUCAUUGGCAGAUAGCAUCUUGUAUCUAGCCAUACCAAGCAAUAUAAAGGGUGAUGAUCGCUUAUUCCUCAAACGAGCGCCCGAAGUCAAUCAAACGAAUUCUUCGUGCAUCCCGCGGAUGAAGCUGCGCCACUUUAGCGCGAACUAGAAAUCUUGAAGCCGCAGACUCGCGUGGCAAUUCGACAUAGAUUGUUUCAGCUUCUAGUAGAGAGUUUAUCAAUUCAUGCAUUGCAGCUGCCGCA